CCUCACGUGACCAUAUGACCCUUGGUUUUGUCCUUGUGCCUACCUAACAUCUUGCCAACGCCCAGGAUUUUGUUUUAACCAGAUUCGAGAUCAGCUUCGACCACAAACGGCGCUUCUGUUUGAACAAGAGUUUUUGGUCGAACAUUAAUCAUGCCAAAGGUCGUCUCUCGUUCAGCGGUUUCCUCAUCCACGGAUGCACGGCCAACGGCAUCAGCCGCAGCUGCUCUCAGGGUGUACUACUGUAUCUGUGGCGAGUUUAUCCUCGUGAUCGAAAGAAGCCUUUCAGCGCUCCCAAAGCGCCAGACUGAUGGUGCUACCAUCAUUCGCUGUCAGGAUAGCGGUGCAGAGAACGCGGUUGUUUUCAAAUUAAACGCUGUAUCGACUGAUCCCGUUCUAGUCGAAAGGCCAGGGGGACAUGAGCGCCAGUACAGAUUUUCAUGUCCGCGGUGCAACUUAUUGGUCGGAUAUCAAUCUACCCCACCUCCUGUCAAAUCUGGUCCGUAUCUGUAUAUCCUUAAAGGAGCCCUCACACAGAUGCAAGGCCAAAUUCCGAAGGACGCUUUUGAAGGCGAAGCUGCCCUGGACCCUCAGAAGCUGGAACCCAAUAGCACGGUCAUACGAGAUGGGGAUGGUACUGAAUUGAACAUAACCUCAGUACGCGCAUAGAUGAUAGCACCAAUUAUGCCUGUCCAACAGUAAUAAUACAACAUGGAUAUACACGGUCUAGCGGACAUAGUCAUUGAACGCGGCGCAAAACUAGUAGUCGCAGAUGGCAUGAAUGCGUAUGACAACCGAUCACUGAUAUUGUGAGCGAUCGAAAGGGAACCUUUGGCGUCAAUUGCAUCUCUCAUUGUGGAGAAAGUAUG